GUGGGGUGAAGCCUGGCAGCUAUGAGGAUCCAUUAUCUUCUAUUUGCUUUGCUCUUCUUGUUUUUGGUGCCUGUUCCAGGUCAUGGAGGAAUCAUAAACACAUUGCAGAAAUAUUAUUGCAGAGUCAGAGGUGGCCGGUGUGCUCUGCUCAGCUGCCUUCCAAAGGAGGAACAGAUUGGCAAGUGCUCGACACGUGGCCGAAAAUGCUGUCGAAGAAAGAAGUAAAAACCCAGAAACAUGAUGAGAGUGUUGUAAAGUGUGGAAAUGCCUUCUUAAAGUUUAUAAAAGUAAAAUCAAAUUGAAAUGUUUUCAAAA